GGAACAUCCCAUUCUCAACUCCUACAAAAUCUUCUCAGCUUUCUUCUCCAACAAGCACGGUUUUCCCUACACUCCUCUGUCUCCAAGAUUUGACGAAAAUGAAGCAUUUCAGGCCUCUCUCGCUCUCUCUUCCCCUCCUCGCCAUGGCCAUCGCGCUCUCGAUCACCACCAUCCCGGUGCGUGGCCAGAUCACCACCCCAUGCACUCCCUCCAUGAUCUCGAGCUUCACGCCAUGCCUGAAUUUCGUCACCAACAGCAGCCUCAAUGGCACAUCGCCGACCUCGUCAUGUUGUAGCUCGCUCAAGUCGCUCACGAGCGGCGGGAUGGGCUGCCUGUGCCUCAUCGUGGGCGGUGGCAUUCCAUUCCAGAUGCCCAUCAACCGGACCCUCGCCAUCUCGCUCCCCCGCGCCUGCAACAUGCCCAGUGUGCCUCUCCAGUGCAAAGCUACGGGUGCGCCUCUUCCUGCUCCAGGUCCCGCUACGCUUGGACCGAUUCUCUCUCCCUCAUCCUCUCCAGCAGGCAGUCCUCUAGCAGGGUCCACAGAUCCUCAACCCGACUCGCCAGCUCUGGCCCCAGAAUCCAACACGCCGCCACUCUUGACUCCGCCAUCUCCAGGUGUCACUUCAGUGACUCCGACGACAACCACUGGGAGCCGCUCCGGUGUAAAUCCAUCGGCUGCUAGCCCAUCCAGUGUUUUCUCACCGGCUCUGCUGCUAGUCACAUUGGCAUCCGCUUUCUUGAAGUACUACUGAUUAAAGAUCGGAUUGUCUACUUGAUACUGUAUUAAAAUUUCUUUUUUUAGAAUUAUCUGUGGUGAUUCUUUGGGGUGUGACUAUUGUGGUAGGGCUUUUCAGGAUACCGGGCGAGAGUCUCGUUUGGCUAUUUUUUAUGGGAUAAGACUAUACUUGCUUUGUAAUGCUGUGAUGAGAGUGGGAAUAAAAUUAUAGUUUCUUUUAUA